AAACUGGCCCUGGGCCUGGAGGGAGUGGAAAGAAGCAACUGAGGCUCGAGGGUCCACCAUGCCUCAGGAACUUCUCCUUGUUUUUGUACGCUAAAAUCACAAUUUAAGACCACUUUACCCGCUUUUUGAAAACUCACUUCUCUAUUUCGCUGUCUUGUUCUGAUCAUCAUCAUCAUCAUCAUCAUCGUCAGUUUAGAGUUCUUCUCCAUUAAUUUAAUUAAUUUCAAGCACCUGAGACUGAAAGUUAUAUCCCAUAAACCCAGUCCUUUUUUUUAUUACGUACUGUAACUACACUCUCCUCUCCUCUCACUAGCUCAUCCACUACAAAACCACACUUCUUUCUCUAUUUCAAUACAGUUGUACCCAAUAUUUUUUUUUUUUCUCUGUUUCAAGUAUCUACUACCACUGCUGCUGCUAACCAGUAGAAAACCCAGUUUGCUAAACCUGAUUCUUUCUCUCUCAAUGAUGGAGCAACUGCACGGUCUUCAAUCCACUGGCACUGAUUACUCUUUGCAGGUGCCCUCAGAGAACGCGGGUGCUCCAUUAGUGGCUAAUUACUACCAUCAUAUGGGGUUCCCAUCCGUAGCUGGGGAGGCAUCAUUUCCUUUCUUUGGAUCGGAGCAGUUGUUUUGUGGUUCUUCAGUAUCUGAUGCUGCUUCAAUGGUGGUGGAGUUGCAUCAUCAUCAUCAGCAGCAGCAGCAGCAGAGAGGUGGUGGCGGCGGUUGUGUUGGUGAUAAUAGUAAUAGUAAUAAUUCACAGGAGGAGGCUUCUUGUGCAAUUAGGGCUAAAAUUGCUUCUCACCCUCUUUAUCCUAAGUUACUCGAAGCUUAUAUUGAUUGCCAGAAGGUGGGAGCACCGCCGGAGAUGGCUUAUCUGUUAGAUGAAAUCCGGGAAGAGAACGAUGUUUCCAAGAGGUCCGAUAAUACUGUCGCCUCUUGCUUGGGUGCAGAUCCCGAGCUUGACGAGUUCAUGGAAACUUACUGCGACAUUCUGAUGAAGUAUAAGGCGGAUCUCUCUAGGCCUUUUGAUGAAGCUACCGCUUUCUUGAAUGAUAUUGAGGCUCAGUUUAAUACGCUCUGCAAUGGUGCUUCCAGAAGUCAAGUUCAUGAUGAAGCUGUUGGUUCAUCGGAUGAAGAUGCCAGUGGAGGAGAUGCAGAGGUGCAAGAUUGUACCCGUGCAAACGAGGAUCGAGAGCUUAAGGACAAACUGCUAUGUAAAUAUAGUGGUUACAUAAGCACCUUAAAGCACGAGUUUUCGAAGAAGAAGAAGAAAGGAAAACUACCGAAAGAAGCAAGGGAAGUCCUACUUAACUGGUGGACCGUUCAUUACAAAUGGCCAUACCCAACGGAAGCUGAUAAGGUUGCUUUGGCUGAAUCAACUGGCCUGGAACAGAAACAGAUAAACAACUGGUUCAUCAACCAAAGGAAACGUCACUGGAAACCGUCAGAGAACAUGCAGUUUGCUGUUGUGGAUAGUCUAUAUGGCCCGUUUUUCAUGAAUGAUUAAGGUGGGGUAUUCACUUUCCCCUCACUUUGCUUUUGUACAUUCUUGGACAAGGCCUCAUGCUGAUGCGCCUAAUGAAAUGCUUACCGCUUCAAUUAUCUAACUACUUUUCCAUUCAA